ACUCACCUCCGGAGCUGUAAGAGAACAGCCAGAGAGUGCAUCUUUGGCUUUUGGUGCUUCCUGCGAUGGCCUCCUACACAGCCUACAGUGGCUAUACCAAGCCACCAAUGUCCUAUGCCGGGUCUUACUAUGACAAGAAUUUCCAGAAGCCGCCCCUGACCUACGCAGAUUACCAGGACUCUGUUUACGAGGAAAAACAAAGAGCUGACAAGAGGAAACGGCAUAAUGCACUCUGUUGUGAAGUUGUGGCCCUCAUCAUUGGUUUUGUUGGACUGAUAGGAGUGGCAGCGGUGACUGGCUUGCCCAUGUGGAAGGUAACAGCCUUCAUCGAAGAAAACAUCAUUGUGAUGGAAACUCGAUGGGAAGGUUUGUGGAUGAACUGCUUUAGACAAGCCAACAUAAGGAUGCAGUGUAAGGUGUACGAUUCCCUGCUAUACCUGCCACCAGAUCUCCAGGCAGCCAGAGGUCUGAUGUGCUGCUCUGUGGCUAUCACAACCAUUGCCCUGAUUGUUUCAGUGGUGGGAAUGAAAUGCACUAGGCUGGUGGAUAAUCGUGUUCGCACAAAACACGUCGUCCUUGUGGCUGGAGGAUGUCUCUUCCUCUUGGGCUGUGUAACUACCCUGAUCCCAGUGUCCUGGACUGCCCAUGUCAUCAUCAUGGACUUCUACAACCCACUGCUGAUUGACGCCCAACGGAGAGAACUUGGAGAGGCUCUGUACGUCGGCUGGGUGACUUCUGCUUUGCUUUUUACAGCCGGAGUGAUCCUGCUGUGCCGUCAUGCUCCCCGCACCAAUAACGAAGAGGAGAGAGUUAUGUACAACCUUGGAGGAAGUAUCUACCAACCUACAAACACAUACCAGCCGUACACAUACCAGCCAGCAUACAGCUACCAACCUGCAUACUCUGCACCCCCACCAGGAUCUGUGCUUUAUAAUCCGAAUCAGUACUAGGAGAUCUUUGGACUUGAGUUUUAAACCAGACAAUCCAGACAAAGACGGUGUAUAACUAUAAAAUCCCUACUUAUUACUUUAAAAAGCGGGGCAAGUGUAUUGCUGAGACUGAAAUUCAUCAUGUAUGUGAUUGUGUUUUGAUCAUGAGGAACUGUGGUGAAAUGUUUAGUUUGGUUUUAUUGCGCCUAUUGUGUGUGUGUUUUACAUCCUUAAUAGGAAUAAAGCAGAAAUGUGAUAAUAUCUAGGCCUUUACAGAAUAUACAGACAGGCUCUUUUAAGUUAAAAUUAUGCACUAGACUUUAUUCAUACCUGCACAUAUUUUCUGUUUACCUUUGAGAUUUUGUUGUGUAUAUAGCUUUUUUCAAAAAUGACACCUAAAAUUAAAUGUCAACAGUCAUAUACAAUUGAAAAGGGAGACAAAAGUUGUUUUGUAUGUUUUUCUUUAAUUAAAACUUCAUUUCUUCAAAA